CGGCAGCAGCUGGGGUCUCUUCGCUGCUUAAUCGAAGAUGAUGCAGACAGGAAAGUAAAGCAAGAUUUCAAGAUGGAAAGUCCAUCAGAUGCAGCUGUGGUGUUACCUAGCACUCCACAGGCUGGUGCCAAUCCACCAUCUCCCCGUACAAGCAGUUCAAGAAAACAACCUACGAGUGCAACCCUUAGGGAACGAUUAAGGAAAACUAGAUCUUCAUUUAAUUCUUGUUAUGGUGUGGUAAAACGAGUUACAGUAGAGAGUGAAGAAAAUGAUCAGACCUUUUCAGAGAAACCAGCACCUUCAACAGAAGAAAACUGUUUGGAAUUUCAAGAAAAUUUUAAACACAUAGACAGUGAAUUUGAAGAAAGUACAUAUUUGAAAAAUACCUUCAAGAAUAUUGAUGCAUGUGCAUCUAAAUCACUUGAUUCUGAGUCAGGCAGUGAUCUCCGGAAUGACUUUAUGAAUGAGAAUCUUCCCAAACAUGGAUUAAACAAAGAAAAAGCAAAAUUGGUGAAGCAGAUUCAGGAGAAAGAAGACCUUCUUCGGAGGCUAAAACUAGUCAAAAUGUAUAGAUCAAAGAAUGACCUGUCUCAGUUACAGAUGUUAAUAAAGAACUGGAGAAGCUGUAGUCAGCUGUUGCUUUAUGAGCUGCAGUCAGCUAUGUCUGAGGAGAACAAGAAACUAAGCCUUACUCAGCUGAUAGACCACUAUGGGUUAGAUGAUAAAUUUCUACACUAUAACAGAAAUGAAGAAGAAUUUAUAGGUGUUUAAUUCUUAAUUUUUUCUCCAGAAUGUCUUUGUGGAUGACAAUGUAAUUAAAAGAUAUUUAUACAUUUUAAAGGGAAGAUGUAAACCAUUAGGGCUUAGAGAAAGGUAUCCUGGUGAACCUGGAUCAAUUUAGGGCCUCUGUUAUAUAAGUAUAAACUAGGUUCUAAAAUGAAAAUUUAGUGUUUUGAAUAAAUUUGCCAAAGAAAACUUGACAGUUAAAGAAAGGUGAAAAAAAAAUUUAAAUUAAAUUAUAAUUAAAAAAAUAAUUUGGACAACUGUGGAAAUGAGUUUU